GGCCGCUGCUCGGUGACGUCACCGCGCCGUUCGCGGAAGUGGGGUAAAAGUCACGGCGGAGCGUUUCACUGCAGAUCCAUCCGUAGACUUUUCAGAGUAAAAAACAUCACCUCAGUCAUCAUCAUAAACACAAAAACAUACAUCAUCUGAAGAUGUCAGCGCCUUUGACUUUCGACGGCAGAGUCGUGCUGGUGACCGGAGCCGGAGGAGGUUUGGGGAGGGAAUAUGCGCUGGCGUUCGGUCAGAGAGGAGCCGCGGUCAUCGUCAAUGAUCUGGGAGGAGAUAUUAAAGGAGGUGGCAGGAGCUCAGCAGCCGCUGAUAAAGUGGUGGAGGAGAUCAGAGCUAAAGGAGGCAAAGCCGUGGCCAAUUACGAUUCAGUGGAAGACGGUGAGAAGCUCAUCCAGACGGCGCUGGACACGUUUGGCCGAAUAGAUAUCGUGGUGAAUAACGCCGGGAUUCUGCGGGACCGGUCGUUCGCCAGGACCAGCGAUGUGGACUGGGACCUGAUUCAGCGAGUGCACCUGAGGGGCUCCUUCCUCGUCACGAGGGCCGCCUGGAACCACAUGAAGAACCAGAAGUUUGGGAGGAUCAUCAUGACAUCGUCCGCAGCAGGAAUCUACGGGAACUUCGGCCAGGCCAACUACAGCGCGGCCAAGCUGGGUCUGCUGGGGCUGUCCAACACGCUGGCCAUCGAAGGGCAGAAAUACAACAUCCACUGCAACACGGUCGCGCCGACCGCAGGAUCCCGCCUCACCGAGACCGUCAUGCCUCCAGAUCUGGUGCAGUCGCUGAAGGCGGAGUACGUGGCGCCGCUGGUGCUGUGGCUGUGUCAUGAAGCGUGUCCGGAGAACGGAGGGCUGUUUGAGGUCGGCGCCGGAUGGAUCGGCAAAUUGCGCUGGGAGAGGAGUCUGGGUCGAACCCUGCGGCAGAAGAACAGGAGCAUGACGCCGGAGGCUGUUCGAGACACUUGGAACGAGAUCUGUGACUUUACCGACGCCACCAAACCCGCCAGCAUCCAGGAAUCGCUGCAGACGCUGGUGGAGGUUCUGUCCAGAGUGGAAGAUGAACGCGGGAUCGGAGCCAAUCCGACCGGAGCGUCCGCCGGCACAAACCCUUCGCUGGCUGUGGGACAGACGCUGCCGGAGAUGAGCUUCUCUUACACACACAUGAACUGUAUUCUGUACGCUCUGGGAGUGGGGAUGUCCACCAGAGAGCCUGACCACCUCAAGUUCCUCUAUGAAGGCCACGAGGACUUCAGCUGUCUUCCCACGUUUGGAGUGAUUCCGGCCCAGAGCGCCAUGACGGGCCUCGGCAGCAUCCCAGGCCUCGACAUCGACUUCACCAGGCUGCUGCAUGGAGAGCAGUAUCUGGAGAUGUUCAGACCGCUGCCCACCUCAGGGACUCUGACGUCUCGGGCCACCGUGGCAGAUGUGCUGGAUAAAGGAUCAGGAAUGGUCAUCCUGCUGGACGUUCAUACGUACAGCGAGCGUGAGCUGGUGUGUUAUAAUCAGUUCUCGGUGUUUAUUGUUGGCUCUGGAGGAUUCGGAGGGAAGCGGACGUCCCAGAAGGCUGUGGUCACAGCUCCUCUUCCAGACAGACCUCCAGACGCUGUGAUUGUGGAUCAGACAUCUAGAGAUCAGGCGGCUCUGUACAGACUGAGCGGUGACUGGAACCCGCUGCACAUCGACCCCAGUUUCGCCGCGAUGGGAGGAUUCAAGUCUCCCAUCCUGCACGGCCUGUGUUCGUUUGGCUUCGCCGCUCGUCACGUUCUCAAGCAGUACGCAGGGAACGACGUGUCCAGAUUCAAGUCCAUCAAGGUGCGUUUCGCGAAGCCCGUGUAUCCGGGCCAGUCUCUGCAGACGGAGAUGUGGAAGGAAGCGAACAGAAUUCACAUCCAGUGCAAGGUCAAGGAAUCGGGCGAUGUGGUGCUGUCUGGAGCGUAUAUAGACUUACACCCAGAAGCGUCCGUCAGCGCCGAGCCGCCGCAGACCGGCGGCCUGCAGAGCGACCUGGUGUUCGCUGAGAUCGGACGCAGGAUCAGAGACGCGGGAGACGAGCUGGUGAAGAAGGUCAAUGCUGUGUUUGGAUGGGAGAUCAGCAAAGACGGCAGAACCGUCCGAGAGUGGACCAUCGAUCUGAAGACGGGCCGAGGAUCUCUGCACAGAGGAGCCUCUAAAGCUGACGUGACCUUCUCCGUCUCCGACGAGGACUUCAUGGAGGUGGUGCUGGGCAAACUCAACCCUCAGAAGGCGUUCUUCGCUGGCAAGCUGAAAGUCAAAGGGAACAUCAUGCUGAGCCAGAAGCUGGAGGCCGUGCUGAAGGACUACGCCAAACUCUGAAGAUCCACGCUUCUAAACGGAUUCAUCACCACUAAUCACAGCUGUGAACAUCUUCCUUUGUGUUUCUGUCUCGUUUUCUAGAAUAAAUAUCUAAACAUUCUCGAAUCAAGAUGCCCAAAAUUACCCAAAUUGUGUUAGUUUUUGCGUAAAACAAGCAAAAAUAUCUGCCGAUGGGGUCAGAAAAAAAUCUUGUUUAGCCUUUGAUUUGAGAUUUAUUUUUCUGACCCCAUUGGCAGAUAUUUUUGCUUGUUUUAAGCAAAAACUGAGUUUUUUGUUUUCAGAAAACUUUUUUUUACUUGUCCAGUAAAUUCAUCCCGAUUCAAUAAUUCUUAAAUAUUAUUACUAGUGCUGUCAAACCAUUAAUCGUGAUUAACUGCAUUCAAAAUAAGUUUGUUUACAUAAUAUAUGUGUGAGUACUGUGUAUAUUUAUGUAUAUAUAAAUACACACACAUGCAUGUAUAUGUUUAAUAAAAAUAUUUUGUUUAUAUAUUUAUAAAUAAAUUCUAUGAAUAUACAUAUAUGCAUGUAAAUACAUGUAAAUAUUUUCAAAAUAUAUACAUGCAUUUGUGUGUAUUUAUAUAUAUAUAUAUAUAUUAAAUAUACACAGCACACACAUUAUUGUAAACAAAAACUUUUAUUUUGGAUGUGAUUAAUCGUUUGACAGCACUAGUUUAUACUAGAAAACAAGACAAAAAUACUAAGGAAGAAAAUCAUUUUUUGCAGUGUGUGCAUUAAUCACCUCAUCACUUGAUUCUGGUUCAUUUAG